AUGACGGGCACUAGGUGCCAGAGGCUGAGCUGCACUGUAAUUGCUGAGGGAGUAAAGCACGAGGCAGAUUCUGAGUAUGUUCCAGACGAAAAGUCUAAGAUGACGCUCCGGGUGGCUCCGCUUGUUUAUUUCAUACUGCUUGUCGACACAGUGGCGGAUCAAAAAGGUGUUAAAUGUGGCGGCAUCCUCUCGGCGGCGUCGGGCAACCUGUCCAGUCCAAACUUCCCGGGUUUUUACCCGUACAACAUCCGCUGUUCCUGGCUCAUUGUUGUGCCGGAAGGUUCCUCGGUGCUGCUCACCUUCCAACACUUUGAACUGGAGUACCACUCCAGCUGUGCCUACGACCAUGUCAAGAUCUACAACGGUGUAGCCGGCGACGAGGGCAACCUUCUGGGUACCUUUUGUGGCGACGCCCCCCCGCCGGCCUUCACUUCAUCCUGGAACGUCAUGUCGGUCAUCUUCCGCUCGGACCGUCACGUGGCGCACAGGGGCUUCAGUUUGGGCUACAGGAAAGAUAUGUGCGGCGGGGUGCUAACAGGCCUUUCGGGCGUCAUCUCCAGCCCAGGUUACCCCGCGGAGUACAGCAACGACGCUGACUGCUCGUGGCUCAUCCACGUCUCCAACAGCAGCGCCGUCACGCUUCUCUUCUUGGAUUUCCAGAUGGAAAACAACGAGGGGUGCCAUUUUGACUACGUGGCCCUGUUCGACGGCCCCACGGUGGCGCAUCGCCACCUGGGUACGUACUGCGGGGCAAACAAGCCUCCCGCCACCGUCACCACCGCCAGCCAACUGCUGCUCGUCUUCAAAUCUGACUUUAACAUCGGGGGGCGGGGCUUCAAGGCCUAUUACUACUCAGGCGAAUGCCAGCAAGUGCUUUCGGACGUGUGCGGCAACUUCAGCAGCCCAAACUUCCCGCAGAUCUAUCCAAACAACAUCAACUGCCACUGGAGCAUUUCGCUGGCGGCUGGCUACCGCAUCAAGCUCUUCUUCCCCGUCAUGGACCUGGAAGGCCGCAACAGCCUCACGGAUGAGUGCGACUACGACUGGGUGGCCGUGUACGACGGGGAGCGGCAGUCGGCAGACGCGCUCCUCGGACGCUGGUGCGGCGCCGAGAGGCCGUCGUCGCUCGUCUCCCGGGGCAACAAGAUGCUGGUGGUGCUGAGCACCGACAGGGAUGAGGCGCACAGAGGCUUCACUGCUUCUUAUCUUGGAGUGGUGCCCGUCAACGUGAGUUGCACCAGGUCAGAGUUCACCAUCCUAAUACCCCAGCACUCGUUACCCCAGUUGGACCGUGAGCGAAUCUACCUAGGCAACCCCACAUGCACCGCCCAGCUGACGGCCACCUCUUACAAGAUCCUCGCCCAGUUUGUCAACUGCGGCACGGCCAACCAGAAGCACCGUAACGUCACCAUGCUGGUCAACAAGCUCUACAUUGACUUUUCUGACGGCGAGCGGCGCAACGUGCAGGAGUACAAAGUGCAGUGCGACGCCAUGCGCAAGGUGGCCUCGGCGUCCAUCGUCUCGGCCGAGGAGCGCCGGCUCGAGCGGGAAGCCGUGAGUGGCGAGGCCGCCGCCGCCGGAGGGGGCGGGCUGGGGCGCGCCGACGUCGAGCCCCACGACCUCAGCGAUAUCGUCUUCAUUAGUAUCUGCGUCCUAGCUGUCAUCCUCAUGGUGAUCGCCAUUGUCUGGCUCGUGUUGCUUUAG